CGAUGCCUUGCUUAUGAUUCAUGCCCCUGCAAAUCACGUUUCAAUUCGCCAGCAGAAACUGAUGGAUGUCUCGUACUCACUACGUCUCAUUUUAUGCUCUUCAUCCAGGUGAGUUUGGAUUGGAUUUUUUACGCGUACGACAGUGUCGAAUAGAUGCUGAAUUUGUCAUUACAUAGCGUGGAUCCAUUGGCAGAGGUACCGAUCAUACUGGUGCAUCCAAUUUCGAUGGAUCCUCCACCCAAUCAUUAUCUCACUCGGCGAUCCGUUAAUCACGAACACCCUGCAGGUGUAUUUCUAGAGAAUUUUGAACGUUUGCACCAGGGAGACCACGGUUCUUUGGAAAUCAAUGCUUCAAGAAAUUCAAGUACGACCAUCCAAAUAUCCAAACCCAAGCCUAUUCGUCCAUUGGCCGCCAUCCGCAAAAGCUUGAUACGUUGGAGCCGACGUUUGAUACAGCGGACAGCUUCCUUAUCGUCUAUAAUGUCCACGCCAUCAACUAUUGCAUCUCAUUCGACUCCAUUCCAAUUACGCAUUGGCAAUUCCAUGACACCCAGCAGCCUCCGGCUCUCCCAUCAGCAGACUACCACGCGACCCCUGUCCGCUGUAGCGGCUUGCACUGCCAUGCCGUUGCGCCAUGGCCGCAUUCGCCCGCCCAAGCAAUUCGGUCAUGAACCGGGAGCAUUGCGCAAUGCAGGACUAGAUAUUCGCACCAAGUUGGACGUUUCUACGGCUCGCGAAGCGUGGGAAGGGUUUCAGGCAGAAAUACAUGACAUCAAUGGUUGGAAAGCACCAUCUGAAAAGUGCGAGAUUGACUAUAAAAAAUUGUCAACAGCGUCCGCUAUCCCUGAAGACGGCAGCAGUUUACAUUCUGCUCAAAAGGGUAUCCUCUCCCCUACGCAAGCUGCCAAUCGUCACCGCGCAAAAAGUGACAUUGUCAGAGUUUAAUACUUUCAACCAGAUGAAAGAAGCUAAACAUCUUUUUAUUUGUAUGCUCAGCAUUUAUUCAAGCUUCUUGU